CGAGAACGAGGAGCUGGAGGAGAUCGCCUCAGCCGACCUGAAGUACCUGCUGCUGCCUGCCUUGCGGGGGUCCCUGACACUGAAGCAAGUCGACCUGAGCAGGCGGCUGGAGCACCUGGAGACCGCCCGGGCCCACUUCUGGCGCUUCCUUAAGCACUGCAAGAGCUACGGACUGGGCAGCUUCCACCUGCCCCCUGCCACUGCCAGCCCCUCGGGAGAGGAAGAUGCUGGGACCCCAUCCCUGGGGGGCCCUGCUGCCGCCCAGCCCAGCCUGGUGGCCAUGGCAUCGAAUAGGCAAGCCAAAAUUGAGAGAUAUAAGCAGAAGAAGGAACUGGAGAACAGGUUGGCCUCUGUGAGAACCUUUGUGGAGAGCGGGCAAGCUGAUGAGGAUCAGAUACGGGAAUUUUACAUCCUACAAAUCCAGAAAUGGAUCAACACCAGCCUUGAGGAAAUUGAGAGUAUUGACCAAGAAAUGGUCAUCCUGAGGAGCAGGGACGCAGUGAAACAGCCUUUGGCACCACCACACGGCACUUCUCGGCCAGUCAGGACUCCAUUGAAACCUUUCAUUCUUACCCGGGAUGCUGCUCAGGCUAA